AUGACUACAGAACUUCUUCAAAUCGAUCCCUCCGAGCUCAGAUUCGUCUUUGAAUUGAAGAAACAAAGUUCAUGCUUGAUUCAACUCGGAAACAAUAAUGAUCACUAUAUUGCUUUUAAGGUUAAAACAACGUCGCCCAAGAAAUAUUGCGUUCGACCUAAUAUAGGCCUCAUCAAGCCAAAUGAAAAAUGUGAUUUUACUGUUACUAUGCAAGCUCAACGUACUGCACCGCCUGAUAUGAAUUGCAAAGAUAAGUUUCUUAUUCUAAGUACAGUUGUUCCCUUUGGAACUACAGAAGAUGAAAUUUCAUCUGCGUUUGUAAACUACAGUGGAAAGUAUAUUGAGGAGAAGAAACUGAAGGUAGUCCUCAUUAGUCCACCGUCUUCGCCGGUUUUGCUUCCGGUAAAUGGUGAUAUGAAACAGGAUCCGUCUUACCAAAUUAAUGUGCUAAAAGAUAGGGUGAUAAGUGGAAUUGAAAACAUACCUCCCCCUCUAAAAGCUACCGCGGAAGUUAAAGGUUUGGAACCAGUCUUGGACACGAGAGAGGAUAGAACAGAUGAGGAUAAUGUCCCAAAACAUGCUGAAAACGAGGGUGACAUGAAGCCAGCAAUAGAUGAUGAUGUGCAGUUGAAUUUAGCAAAGGGUUGUGAGGAAUUGAAAUCAAAGCUUUGUUUGAUGGAUUCAAAGUUAAGAGAGGUUAGAGCUCCUGAAUUUAGAUUAAGCAUUAUGAAUGCUGAGGUAACCAUGAUGAAGUUGAAUGAGGAGAAACACGCAUACAAUAAAGAAAAAGAUAUGCUAAAGAAAGAAUUGGAGGCAUUGAAGAGGAAAAGUAACGCGAAAGUUCAGAAAGGCUUUCCAUUACUGUUUGUCUGCAUGGUUGCUAUUGUCGGUGUGGCAGUUGGAUACUAUAUUCAGUCAUAA